AUGGACAUACGUACAAGUAUUUAUCGAUUCAGAGAGAAUUUGCAACACAAACAUGCUAGAUUAGCUGUUAGGCGAAGGUUACUAUUCAAACGCACUACAAACCAUGAAGAUCAUAUUUUCAAGCAUCGUCGUUACUUAUUGGAUAAAGAACCACGAUCCUUGCGACUAUUAAUGAUGCAAUUACGUCGAUCUACACAUCAAUAUCACGAUGUGACACGUGAAUUAGUGGAUCAAUUUCCUAAUGAGAUCAAUAUGAAUGAAAGCUCACUAAAUGAUGGGUUGCAAUUACGUCGAUCUGCACAUCAAUAUCACGAUGUGACACGUGAAGUGGAGCAAUUUGCUAAUGAGAUCAAUAUGAAUGAAAGCUCACCUAAUAAGGGGAUAGACAAUGAUGCUAGACCUGCUGAGCAAAUUGUCGGAAGGAUAGAAGUGACUCAUCGAUGUCGUAAAGAUGAGUUUGAUAGACGUUGGGAGUUUGGACCUAGAACGGUUGUGUUUCCUAAUUGCAAGGCCCUUAUGUGGAUAGAAGAAAGGGUAAAGAGUAGCAAUAAAACACACCCAAGGUUCAAUCACUGCUGUCAAAGUGGGCAAGUUAUAUUGCCGCUUUUACCUUUAACACCGUCAUUUCUACAUUCAGUUUUUCCAUGUCAGCAAUUUCGAAGCAAUAUUAGAGCUUUUAACUCUGUGUUAGCUUUCACCUCUAUGGGCGAUCGGAUAGAUAACACCGUGAAUGAUGGUAGAGGCCCCUAUGUCUAUCGUAUAAGUGGUAGCAAUUACCAUCGAAUUGGAACUUUACUCCCUGAGCCUGGAACUGGGCCAAAGUUUGCACAAUUGUACAUUUAUGACACUGAAAAUGAAACAUCUAACCGACUACGUUACAUGGGGGGUGCAGAGGCUUCUUCCCUAUAUCCAACAAUUUUACAAGGACUACAAACAAUGCUUGAUGAUAUCAAUCCUUAUGUCGCAGUAUUCAGAAAUGCCAGAAGUAUGUUGCGCGAUCAAGGUGAGCAUCAAGAUUUGAGAAUAAAGCUUAUUUGCGCAAGAGAAGGCAGACAAUAUAUCCAACCAACCGCAAGUGAAGUGGCGGCAUUGAUGGUAGGUGAUGGAACUAAUGACAUAGGUAAUCGGGAUAUCAUAUUACAAAAAGUAGAUGGUGGAUUAAAAAGGAUUGAUGAAACUCAUCCAAGUUAUAUGCCUUUUCAAUACCCACUAUUGUUCCCUUAUGGUACUGAUGGAUGGAGAGCUGGGAUACCUAAGGUGUCCGAUACAAGUACCAGUCGAAAUACUGUGACAAUGAGGCAAUUCUAUGCAUUUAGGAUACAUAAUAGGGAAGAAGAAUGUGACACCUUGAUAGAUGCUGGCCAGUUACUGCAACAAUUUAAUGUUGAUGCAUAUGCUGCAAUGGAACAAUAUCGAUUGCUUUUUAUAAGGAAAAAUCAAGGUAGGCUUCGCUCUGAUUUAUACAGUGGACUCCAAGAUGCAAUCACGACUGGAGAUGUGAAUGCUAUUGAUUUAGGCCGAAAAUUCAUAUUGCCAUCAUCCUUCACACGAAGCCCUCGUUAUAUGGCCCAUCUUUAUCAAGAUGCUAUAGCAGUUGUCCGUGUUUUGGGUCCACCUGAUUUAUUUAUAACUUUCACUUGCAAUCCAAACUGGCCUCAGAUUGUAAAUGAGAUAUCUAUAUGUGGAAAUCGCCGCAAUGAAGAUAGACCAAACAUUGUAGCGCAUUUUUAUGUCAUUGAAUUUCAAAAGCGAGGACUACCACAUGCGCAUAUUCUCAUAACAUUGGCUCCUGAAGAUAAGCCUAAGUGUCCAGAGGAUAUCGAUGUAAUUAUCUCUGCGAAAAUCCCUGACAAGGAUAGAGAUCCUUUGACAUAUGAAACAGUUACCAAGAACAUGCUCCAUGGACCAUGUGGGCCAUGUUUAAUAGAUGGAAAGUGUUUAAAGCAUUUCCCGAAGAAAUUUUGUGCAGAAACCACCUUUGAUGAAAAUGGCUUUGUGCAGUAUAGACGUAGGCAAAAUAGAAAGCCUAUCAUUGUUAAUGGAAGGGAGGUUGAUAAUCGUUGGGUGGUACCAUACAACAGAGAUUUAUGUGUUAAGUACAAUGCACACAUAAAUGUUGAGCGUGUUGGUGCGAGAAGUGUGGUGAAGUAUUUAUACAAGUAUGUUACUAAAGGUCAAGAUCGAGCAACAUUUGUCAUUGAAAACAAUACAGACACACGACGCAGCCAAGAGGUACGACAAGCAAGUAGGGUGGAUGAGAUACAACAAUACUUAGACUGUCGAUCCGCCUGUCAUGCCAUAAGGUUACUUGACGACGAUAAUGAGUGGCAUGCAACUUUGUCAGAAGCAUCUACCUGGGCAUCGGGUUCACAGUUGAGAAAUAUGUUUUGCGCCAUAUUGAUGUUUUCAGAAAAUCAAGGAUUACAAGAGAUUGAGCAUAUCUUGAAUAAACUUGGAAAGUCAUUGACAGAUUUCCCUGACAUGCCACAACCUUCUUCAGAGAUAUCACACACUGCCUUAAAUCGGUUGAUAAGAGAUGAACUUGAUUAUGCUACACAUGAUGAGGCCAAUAGAUUUGAUACCUUAGUUAGAGGGUUAAACAUGGAUCAAUAUAGAGUAUACGCUGCAAUACUCGAUGCACAUUCUCGAGAUGUAGGUGGGCUGUUUUUUGUCUACGGUAGUUGUGGGACAGGAAAGACAUACCUCUUGAACACUCUGAUUGCAAAAUUCAGAUCAGAAAGAAAGAUUGUGCUCUCCGUGGCUUCAUCGGGAAUUGCUACUUUAUUAUUGCCUGGGGGUAAAACUGCACAUUCAACUUUCAAGAUUCCUUUCGAUCCCCUGAUCAACAUUCGGUUUGUAACUUCAAAAAAGACUCAACCCGUGCUGAUUUGA